AUUAGGCUGCGAGGGUUCUUGCCUUAUGAAGAAGGGUCAGGCCCUUAUGCAAAAGAGACUCCAUGCAGUGUUUGGGCCUCUUGCUCUUCUGCUUUCAGCCACUGGAGGACACAGUGUUACCACUCUGCAGGACACAGCAACAAAGCAUCAUCUUGGAAGGAAAGACAGGGCCUCUCACCAGAUUCUGCAUCUGCCUGCACCUUGAUCUAGGACUUCCUAGAGUCCAUAAAUAUAAGAAAUAAAUUUGCAUUCUUUAUAAAUUACUCAUUCUGUGGUUUUUAUAGCAGCACAAACAGACUAAGACAACAGGCCUCUCCUUUUUACAUCCAUGAGAAGUGUCUCAAAUUCCUAGAAAUCUGAAAAUAGAGAAAAAAAAACCACACAUCAUUCACUAAUUUUUCAGUUUAAUUUUGUUUCCGACAUGGCAGUGAUCACUAGUAAAAACUUGCUCUUACUUCAAUUGACAUUGACUCUUACCUUUCGUGUUUUUACAAUCCCUUGUAAGAGGAAUUUUCUGAUAAGAUUAAAAAGAGGCACAUGGAGGGGCCUAUGUGUCAAGACAGGCAAACACUCAGAUGCUGAGUUUCCUGCAUCUGUGAAACUAACACACUGUUUAGCAACACAGCUGCAUCAAUAGUAAUACCAGCAAAGUUACCAGGCAUUCUUCCCUUUGGUGACUGGCCAUGCCCUUGGAGUAUCAUGGAUGUUGUUGCCAUUGCCUCAGAAACCUGCUGUUGGCCUGUGGCUGAAAUAGUGUCCUAAACAUCAGAAAGAUGCUUGUGUAGCUGACAGUAUUUUCUGGACUUCACUUUACUCGUGAGAGAUGCGAAUUUACCCUUGCGAACCCCAAAGUGCCAGGAAAUCCAAAAGAGUCUGUUGGAACCUGCUUGUUAUCUUACCUUGUACCCUGGCCUGGUUCCUGCUCCGUGACUUGACUCUGUUGGAUCUUGGCAUUUACUCUGGCCAGGACCUGGUGAAUGUUCCCUGUAAUGCCCUUCAAUUUCACUGGAAGGGGAAACUACAGAUAAUAGCCAUGGGACCCUAACAGUUCCCAGAAGCCAGCCAGACAAAGAAAAGCAUAAAGGACACGCCAACAGCAUGAUGCCUGAGGAGUCAAUCUUAAGAUGUGAUGCUUUCCUGUGAAACCUGAAACAAAGUAAUCUUGGGAACCAAAGACUCUAGGACUCUUGGUGCCAACAGAGUUGCUCUAUAAUCCAAAAUCUACUCUACCUCCAUUCCUUUGUAUUGCCUUCAAAUAUCACGCUUCAAGGUAUAGUGACUAGGCUUAAAGAUUUCACAUAUAAUCCAAAGAAAUCUGUUCAAGUGGACAUCUAUCAACAGGUUACUUGAAUUUCCAUUAGAGGAGCAGAAAUGCCACCAAUGUCAAGUGCCCCGCCUCUGCAUCCACCUCCAGAUGGAGGAUGGGGCUGGAUUGUGGUUGGAGCAGCUUUUAUCUCCAUUGGAUUUUCCUACGCGUUCCCCAAAGCCGUCACCGUAUUCUUCAAAGAAAUUCAGCAAAUAUUCCAUACUACCUACAGUGAAAUAGCAUGGAUAUCAUCCAUUAUGCUGGCUGUUAUGUACGCAGGAGGCCCCAUAAGUAGUGUUUUGGUGAAUAAAUAUGGCAGCCGCCCGGUGGUGAUAGCAGGAGGCUUAUUAUGCUGUCUUGGAAUGGUGUUGGCCUCCUUCAGUAGCAGUGUGGUGCAGCUGUACAUCACUAUGGGAUUCAUUACAGGUUUAGGUUUAGCCUUCAACCUGCAACCGGCCUUAACAAUAAUUGGCAAAUACUUCUAUAGGAAACGACCCAUGGCAAAUGGACUGGCCAUGGCAGGGAGUCCUGUUUUCUUAAGUUCAUUGGCUCCUUUCAAUCAGUACCUUUUUAAUACUUUUGGCUGGAAGGGAAGCUUCCUGAUUUUGGGAGGUCUACUUUUGAAUGCCUGUGUGGCUGGGUCUCUCAUGAGACCCCUUGGACCCAGUCAAACCACUUCUAAGUCUAAAAAUAACACUGGCAUAAGAGAAGAUGAUUCAGGCCUGAAGAAAAUCAAAACACAGAAAUCAACUUGGGAAAAAGUUAAUAAGUAUUUAGAUUUCUCCCUUUUUAAGCAUAGAGGAUUUCUGAUAUAUCUGUCUGGAAAUGUCAUUAUGUUCCUAGGUUUUUUUGCCCCCAUUAUAUUCUUGGCUCCAUAUGCUAAAGACCAGGGAAUCGAUGAGUAUUCUGCAGCUUUUCUGCUCUCUAUUAUGGCUUUUGUUGAUAUGUUUGCUAGGCCUUCUGUAGGAUUAAUUGCAAACUCCAAAUAUAUUCGACCUCGAAUUCAGUACUUCUUCAGUUUUGCAAUCAUGUUCAAUGGAGUGUGUCAUCUCUUGUGCCCGCUGGCACAGGACUACACAAGCCUGAUAUUAUAUGCUGUAUUUUUUGGCCUUGGAUUUGGGAGUGUUAGCAGUGUCCUCUUUGAAACUCUCAUGGACCUCGUGGGUGCACCAAGAUUUUCCAGUGCUGUGGGACUUGUCACAAUUGUGGAGUGUGGCCCAGUUCUUCUUGGCCCUCCUCUUGCCGGUAUGUUGGUGGAUGUAACUGGUGAAUAUAAGUACAUGUACAUGUCCUGUGGGGCUAUUGUGGUAGCAGCAAGCGUGUGGCUGCUCAUUGGCAAUGCUAUCAACUAUAGAUUGCUUGCAAAGGAAAGGAAGGAGGAAAAUGCAAGAAAGACGACCAGAGAAUCUGAACCCUUGAGCAAACCUAAACAUCCAGAAGAUGAUGUUCACGUCAAAGUUUCAAAUGCACAGAGUAUAACCUCAGAAAGAGAAACUAAUAUUUAACAAGAAUCACAUCUCUGAUUUCAGUGUUUAUGACUUUCCCUAGGAGUUUGUUUUUCAUUUUGUUUUUAAAGUAUAGGAAAAGUUUUUAGCUGAAAUGAAGAGUCACAAUUAAGGAUGGAGAUGAUAUUCUCCUCAAUGGCAAAUUUUGAAUUAGUUUUUAAAAACUUAUUUGAGUAGCUAAAUUUUGAGAUUAUGCAUAGAAAGAAUCCAUGCUAUAGGUUUAUUUCCAUACCUGACUCUGGGUGUGGUGCUUAAAAUACUAAUUUUAAAGUCUUCCAAUGACUUUCGGUCUUGGUUACAUGAAGAGCUCUGAAUCCCAAACCCCUGAGUUAAGUAGUUAGAAGGAGGAUGUCUAAUCCUACAAAGUGAUCCUUUAUACAUUUCAUUUUUUUAUUUGAUAUUAAAGUAUGAGAUAGAAUUGAGAGAAAUUAAUUACCUCUUCCUACACACCAACACACAUAAUCCCACAUGGUUACCCACAUGUACACAAAAUAUCUGGAGAAUAAAAAACAAAUUUAAAAAAUCAUGAUAAUUUAUUUUUAAAGUAAAAAAAAAAAAUCCAUGAAGACAAAAGAAACAUAUCUGCAUGCUACUUUACAAUGUUUGUUUUAAAGAUAAACACAUGGGUAAAAAUGAGGGUGAUCCUUAUUCAAAAAUACAUCUGACCGCUAUAAAAAUAUUUACAUAUAUGUUUGACAAAAAAAAGAAAAUCAAUGUUAAACCAUUAUAUCUGAGCACUGCUAGACUUCAUCCAUGCAGAUGAGCUUUUCUGAGUAGGGGACAUUAGUACCUGGUGCUAGAGAAUAGAACACUCAAAUAAUUUUCAGAAUUCUUACCUGAUAUGUAAAAGUAUGAUGACUCUUAACAAUGAGCUACAUUCACUGAUUUUACAAGGAUUUUAGUUCGUAAUCCAGAAAGUAAUUAUCAGGUAUUUUCUUUUAACCAGGCCUCCAUCCACAUUCGCUGUUAUAUUGAAAUAUCAAAGUAAAAUCCUAGCUGGCAAGAUUCUAAGUAGACUGAAUUCUAGUUUUUCCCAACACAUAGUGGUGAUCGGAGGUUACUGUUAUGAGUACUCCAUCCGACUACAACUAAGACUGUGAAGUGGUUUUAGUGAAUCCUCUAAGCUCUCUCAGCUCCCUCCCUUCCACAAAAUGCUAGAGCAAAAGCAAACCCCAAGCGGGCCUUGUGCUCAACCACUGGAGAUGCCUCCUAGGAUAAGAAUGGCAGUACUUGAAAAUUCCGCCCUCUACUGAUGAGACUUCCUGCUGCCUUUGGACAUAACAAAGCCGGGAAACUUAUCUUCUAGAAAUAGAGGCACUUCGUGACUUGGAAUUGUAGGUAUAGUUUAUAACCUGAUAGCAAAAAGCUUGAAAUAGUGCAGCCCAGGUUAAUUCAGCACUUUCCCACUUUCAUAACUAUGUGAAAACAUCUGGGAAUCUGAAUCACUCCUGAAUAAAGAGGCAUAUUCUUUUCAAACUAUAAAUACAAUUUUGAAUGAGAAAGUACAUUUAAACAAGAAAGAAAUUAUACAUUAUGACUAAAGCUAUAAAUACAAUAUUUACAUUUAUAAAUCUGAAGUUUAACAUUAUGACUAAUUUUAAAAAGUAUUUAGUGCUUGACUAUUAAAGCAAUGUCACCCUUAAGAUGUCAAAGGGAAUUUGCCAUUCUUUUUUUUUAUUGUAAUAAAGGCAGGUGCUAUUUUUUUCCUGUGAGAUUGCACCUGGAUACCAGCCUUUUGUAGUAGUUAAUGUCAAAGAUUUGAUUCAUAAAGUUUAUUCACUGCUUAAGCAUGUGGCUCAUAUUUAGGGAGCUAUAUAAAAUUCAGUUUUUCAUUUAACGUUUAGUCUUUUGCAUAUGAAGAGAUAUUUGUAUUUUUCAAAUGUUAAGUAAAACAAAAUGUGCCAAGAUCAUAGGUAAAUAAAUUAGGAAAAAUGUGGGACUUUAUGGCUGUUUUUAAUUUAGUUUCACCCUAUCAUGAUUCUUUAAUUACAUUUGUUUAUAUUUUUAGUUCUUUUUUAUUCAGCUCUGAUUUGUCAAGAAAUGUAACCUCUAAAUUCUGUAGUAAUUCUCCAAUCAUAAAUUUCCGAAAAAAAAAAAUUCUACUUUUCAAAAAGUAUUCUGAAAAGAUACAUUAAACUAAUACGAAUAUCAGAUCCCCAGCGGAAAUAAAUGGCAAAGUAAUAUUCAUGAGGUUUUAAGUCAAAGGCUAUAUUAUAUUCUUUUUUAUUACCAUCUAGUAGAGACGUCCUGCUGGAUGCAUUUCAGUGGCCUUCUCCAGGAAGGAGGUUUGUUUGCUUACUGAUGAUUUUCUUGUCACAUGAAAACCAAUUCACAUUUGUGUGGCUGCUCUUUGAUUGUCUUCAUUAGUUAUUUAUUUCUAACACUUAUUGUAUUAAAUUGUUAGAAAAGAAGGUAAAAUUGCACAUUCAAAGCACAUGAUAUGAUCUGUACAAUCCCACCUGGCAGUAGCACUGCAGAGAGUUACAAAUAUGCACACGUUAACUCCCAUGCUUAAAUAUCGACAGUUAAACCAGAACACACUGAAACAGUGACAUAAAUACCUACAGCAUUCAGAAUUGUUCCAGGGUAAUAUAGAUUAUUUUACUUGUUCACUCUCUCCAUCCUCUUGAACUUGUUAGAUUUGUUGCUUUAGGAAAAUCUUUGCAAGAUUGAGAAAAGAGUAUCAACCUAGGAUUUUCGUUAUUAUAUAGACACGUAAAUAGAGGAGGAGAUACAUUUGGCUUCAGUGUCUGCCACAAUUAGUGCUGAAAGUAUUUCUUCCCCUAGAGAAAAACAGGUUUUCAAUGUUUGAGGUAUCAUGAAGCAAAGUCAGAGUAUACCACUAAAAUCCUCACUAAUCUCUAUUCCCCCAUUAUGAAAUUGUACAAAAGGAAGGGUAUCAUUAAUCAAGGUAUCCAAAU